UUGCCCAUUAGUCCACAUAAUAUAUGUUGUUUGAAGCGUAAGACAACCCAUUUUUGAAAACAAAUUUUGUUUUAUUUCAGGUUGUAAUACUGGAGAAGUAGCUUGUCUUGUUAGUGGCAGAGUUGUGUGCAUUCCUGAUGCUAGUGAUCCAGAUAAGGACUGCAUUACUCACAAUAAUGACAAUUGUAAAUUUGUACAUAAUACCGACCAGUCUGAUAUUGACCGUGAUAGAGUUGGAGACAUUUGCGACAAUUGCCCACGGUUGUUCAACCAUAAUCAGUUAAACUCUGAUGUUGAUUUGCUUGGAAACGCUUGUGAUAUUGAUGACGAUAACGACGGGGUCAACGAUCAAUUUGAUAACUGUCA